AUGACUUUUUUUAAAGCCAAAACUUUUUUCAUUUAUUUUAUUUUGUUUUUCUACCAGAAUUAUCUUUUAGAAGAGUCACUCAAAUCGCCCACGUCAAAUCACUCGCUAACCAAAUCGGCUGCUACGACAACCUCCGUCUCUAUCCUGAACGUCGCGAAACCUGGGACCAAAUCCAAGUUCACCUGUCAUGAAUGGAUGCUGAUGCUGGUCACUUCAAUGAAUCUCUUCAUGAUGAUGGGAUUUCUGGGCUGUAUGGGAAUCCUUUAUGUUGAACUCCUUCAAGAAUUCCACUCAUCGAAAUCUGUCAUGUCGGCCAUUGUCGCUUUGCCGUGGGGAAUGGCGUUCGGCUCCGGUUUCAUUGCUGGAAUUCUCAUCAAUCGAAUCAAUUGUGGACUGGUCCUCAUUUUUGGAUCUCUUGUUAUGGCGGGGUCAAUUAUAGCAAGCUCUUUUGCCACCGGAGUCGUGUAUCUCACUUUGACACUUGGUAUAUUUAUGGGAUUUGGUGGAAGUUUCAUCUUUGUUGCCUCCUACAUUGGAACUGGGCUUUAUUUUGGCGAAAGGGGCCAAUAUGCAAUUGCUACUGUUUCACUCGGAGUACCGCUUGGAUUUCUGGUUUAUCCUCUUCUUAUGACGUCGCUUAUUCAACUGUUCAUGUGGCGUGGGGCGCUGCUCAUUUUAGGAGGGCUUGCACUCAAUGGGAUCCCCUUCGGUGCUAUCAUCUGGUUAGCAAGUUCGGCCAAGAAAGCUAAGAUCGAACGUGGCAUCAUUUCGAAUCUCGGUAGUCAGAAAGCCAGCAUGAAGACCAGUGUCACGAGCAUUGGUCGGAUUCAUUCGACCGCAUUCAGCAGCACAGUAGAUCUGGAUGAAGGUGAUAGCACGUUACGUCUGUGUCGGGAGAUUCUGCACAAUAAGAACUUUGUCUUGAUACUCUGUUGCCUUAGUCUUCUUAUGAGCUCAGUGACCAUGAUCUUCAACACACUGUCCGAUUUUUGCAUUGAACUCGGCUUGACCAAAAUGGACAGCGCUUUUCUACUGACCCUGUUUAAUAUCCCGUCUCUUUGUGGACGAUUUAUAACCAGCUUACUUUUGCGGUUCACGAAAAUCCCUUCUCCGUAUAUCUUUGUUGUGACUCUCUCACUUUUUGGGGCCAUACUGGCAACUUUGCCGCUGGCCACCAAUUUUGUUACCUCAACAGUGAUCAUUUUGUUCUCUGGCCUUAUGCAAGGCCCAUGUACCGGAAUCUACACGUGUGUCAUAAUCAAACUUGUUGGUCUUAAUCGAUCAGCCUUGGCUCAGGGAAUUUCCGAUACGACAUACGGAAUAAUCACCAUUGUCGUGGGUUAUUUAGGUGGUCAUUGGAUUGACCACUGUUCCUAA